AUGGGCGACAGCCUUGAAAGCUUUCCAAGAGGGCUGAAAGGAUUCAAGCGAUCUAAGACUGACCACGACAUCCUUGAGGGAGUCCUCAGGGACACAAUAACACCGAGCUUCGUUCGGAAGAUGACGAAGAAACUGCCGUUGGAAUUGAAGCAAACGCGCAAGCCGAUCCAGACUGCUUGUGGCUUCUGCCAUGAGAAACAUCUCCAGUGCGAUGUCGGAAGACCCUGUCAGAACUGUCUGAAAAGAAACAUUGGGUACUUGUGCCGGGACAAGAUAAGGAAACCUAGAAAACGUUCUUGCACAUCUGCAUCCAAUAAUGAGUUAGUCAAGGCAGUUAAGGUGGAUGCAGGCAGCGUACAAAAGACAGGGGAAAGCGCUCUAGGAAGCGAUGAGCCUUUAGACGAUGCAGCAAGUGACAUGAUGGAUAUGAAAACAGAGGAAAACGAAGAUGAUUCAGCCAAGACAUCUGACGAAGCAUUGCCCAGAAUGCACAGUUUUUCAACGCUAUUGAACAAUCAUUUUAACACUUUUCUUCAUGAUCCUGUGAUUCCGAAUAUGCUUGGGUCUCAUCCCGAAACCAAGGGGCCACAUCAUGAAUCCAAUAAGAUUGAGGACGCGAUUGAUUUCGGCAGCAUGUGGGCAACUAACGAGUAUAUGAAGCUCAAUGACAUUGCGGGGAUAAUGCCAUCAGACGAUAAACGACCAGAGGACAUGGUCGACAAGGAACCAACCGAUGAUAUACCACCCAUCAACAGAUCUUCAUCGUCACAGCUAUUUCAAUACUUGAACGUCGGCCCAACAGUACCUAGAAGCGACUCGAGGCCAUUCAUAUCACUGGAAAUGGAUAAGAUGGGCAGCAUGAACCGAAUCGAUGUUGCGAAGACCGACCAGUUAUAUAACGCAGAUUCUUCGAACCCAUCACCUCAGAACUUACGUGAAACAGAGCUUACCCCAUACAAAAUACGUCAACUAAUCAAGACACCAAAGGAUUUGUUUGAGAAACAGCAUCUUAUUAAGCCCCAUAACUACAGAACGGCUUACAAGGAUCUUUUGCGAUGUCUGCAUCGCAUGUUUUUGGGGAGCUACGCUUCGGAUUCGCUUGAAUCAUUUCAGGGCGAUACAGAACAGAAUCAGAAAAUGCAGCUGAGACGGAAACAGCUGAGACACAUUGCCAGGUCAAUCGUCGAUCGCUACGCGCCAAUCUUCGUUACUUUGACAUCGAACAUGAUCGAAGAUGACCUUCUAAUGCAAGAGCUGAUUCUGCAGAGGACCCUUCUGGAAUUCGAGAACAUGGCGAAGCUAGUAACCUGCACACCAAUUUGCAUAUGGAGACGGUCGGGCGAAAUUUGUUUUGUGAGUAACGAAUUUCUGUCACUGACUGGUUUCUCUAAAAAAGAAAUACUGAACGAGAGAAGAUUCAUUGCCGAAUUUCUUGAUCACCAAAGUGUGGUGGACUACUACGAUCUGUUCCACGAAUACCUAGCUUUUGGAUCUAAGAAUGGUACGAAAUCGACGACCGCUGACGGUCAAGCUAUCUUUGGGGAAUGUAAUCUGCUAGUAAGCAAUGGAUCAUUCCUAAAAUGCGCAGGGUGCUGGACUGCCAAGAGAGAUAGCUUUAACAUUUCGCUUCUUGUCGUGGGGCAAUUCUUGCCUAUAUUUGACGUCGAAUGA